UGAAGAGUAGAGGAAGAUUGCAAUAGGCCUCAAAAUAAUCCGGACAACAGAAAUGUUGUGUUUUGAAUUUCGGAGUAGAGCUCCCGUCAAAGGAGUCAUCUCAGGGUUAACGAUGGAUGUCCAGGUUGAAUACCGGAAGAAAAUUCCUGGUGUGGUUGGUGCCCGGCGUCGGACCCGCUGGGUGAAGGGAGGAAAAAAAGAAAGUGUCGGUCCUGUUGUUUUUUGAUAAAGAACAAAUACCUACGCAUGGGAAGCUUGGUUAUGUAAGAUACGCCGUAAAGCGUGCGUCCCCAAACCACUGCAGUGUACGAAUUGUGAAGAAUUUGGCCAUGUUUCAAGUGUGUGCAGACGAACAGAGUACACUGAAGAACGGUGUGUAGGACAGUUGUAAUUGUGGUGGGGAUCAUGAUCCUGAGUUCAUGGAGUGGUCUGUAAGGGUGAAAUUGAGGUGGCAAACGUUAGAGCGGUCAAUCAAAUUUCCUAUGCGGAGACAAUUCAAAUUGAGAAAACAAGUGAUGCUAGUGAAGAUAUGGUAGUGGAUACACCACAGCAUGUAGUAAAUGUUUGCCGCCAGACAAAAAAUACCCUGCGUGUUAAAAAGUUUGAUUUUGUUGCGUUCAUUGCCACAGUUAUAAACUGUACAGCACAAGUUUCAAAGAAGUCGAAGAAACUGGACAUUAUUGUGGCUGCGGCAGAAACGUUUUUGAAAAUGAAGACCUAGAAGGGGUCCUGGCGCCGGAAAACCCGCACUCCCAGGUUCACCUGGAGCCUGUGUAUGGAUCAGAUCUGUUUCAUUUGUUUUUAACAUAAUCGUUUUUUUUGUAUUAAAUGUUUGGUAGUUACGUUUUUUGGGGUGAAUCCUGUUUCCAUCCCGCAUAGUAGAUGGCGGGAUGUGUGAUCGUCAAUAUACCAUAGAAGAAAAAGUCUUAUUCUGAAGGAUUCCAAAAAUCCGUGAACCGGAAGUACUUAGUUAUUCUUGCAUGCGUCACAUUGGUAUGCGAUAACGACACUCCUAUCGUUUGUUUGCGGAUGGCGAUAAAAUUAUAAAAGAGCCACAAUAACAACACAGCAAAGAAGUAAGUUCACUUCAUUGUAUUACUCAAUACGUUGCAAGUGUAAGCUACAUGUGUUACAAACAAUACGUCAAGAAACAAUAACGAAGCAGCAAGCAAGUGCUUGUUUGAGUUAGCAGCGAAACUCACCUGAAAGUUUGCCAGUACGGUUGUUCUUUUUCCCGAAGGAAGACGUGUGAUUUGAGGGGGGAAAUGGCCACCACAUCUUCUCUUCCAGAGGAGGACCUCACCUGUCCUGUAUGCCGAGACAUCUUCAGAGACCCAGUCAUCCUGUUGUGUAGCCACAGCUUCUGUAAAGACUGUAUACAUGGCUACUGGAGGGAGAGAGAAGUAAAGGAAUGUCCAGUCUGUAGGAAAAGAUCAAAACUCAGUGAUGCACCCCUCAACCGGGCUUUGAAGAACCUCUGUGAGGCCUACUCGAAGGAGAAAGCAUCUGCAGGUGUCCUCUGCAGUCUGCAUGGGGAGAAAUACAAACUUUUCUGUCGGGACCACGGACAACCAGCUUGCCUGGUGUGCCAGACUUCUGAGUUACACACAAACCACAAGUUCUGCCCCAUGGACGAAGCUGCCAAAGAAUAUAAGGAGUCUGUGCUGAAGCUCCUACAGAACAAACUGGAGGUCCUUGAGGCAGACAGUCGAACUUGUGUUCAAACGGCAGAUACUAUCACGAGCCAGGCUCUGUCCACAGAGAGGAAAAUAAGGGAACAGUUUGAGGAGCUUCACCAGUUUCUACGAAAAGAAACGGUUGUCAGGAUAGCUGCCCUGAAGCAGGACGAAGACUACAAGAGUCAAAUGAUGAUGAGGAAGAUUGAGGAGAUGAACAGAGAGAGAUCGUCCCUUUCUGACACCAUCCAAACCCUAGAGGAGGAGCUAGGGGCUGAAAACAUUUCUUUGCUACAGGAUUACGAGGUCAUCAAGAAAAGAGUUCAGUGCAUAUUGCCAGAUCCAGAGAGGGUUUCAGGAGCACUGAUCGACGUGGCCAGACACCUUGGCAACCUGCAGUUCAGAGUCUGGGAGAACAUGCAGGAAAUUGUUGAGUACACUCCUGUGAUUCUGGACCCCAACACUGCUCACCCAGAUCUCAUCCUGUCUGGUGACCUGACCAGCUUCACAUGCAGACUCAGUGAUGACCAACAGCAGCUUCCUGACAACCCAGAGAGGUUUAAACACCGCUAUGCUGUCCUGGGCUCAGAGGGCUUCAGCUCAGGGAUACACAGCUGGGACGUAGAGGUUGGGGACAGCAAAGAGUGGGCAGUAGGUGUAGCCAUAGAGUCUUGCGAUAGGAAGGAGACGUCUCGGUGGCAUAUUAGUGGAGUCUGGUAUGUACUCUCAAGAGAAGGGAGUGACUAUAUUGACCAAGUGUCACCGAAUGCAUGUUACUGUCUUGAACCCUUUAAAGUGAAACCCCAGAGGAUCCGAGUGCAGCUGGACUGGGACAAAGAAACGGUGUCACUUUCUGAUCCUGUCAAUAACCAACGGAUUGGCUGUUUCUUCAAAAACCCUCAAAUAUUUUCACUGAGUUUCACUGAGAGAAUUUUUCCGUUCCUCAGUGGGGACUAUGUAAGGGUUAUGCCAGUGAAGGUCUCUGUAACAGUAUAGUACAGUUAGAGCUGAUAAUUACACAAGUCGGGUUUCGUGUGAAAACAAAACUUCAGGCUAAAAGGCAAUUGACACAAACGAUUGCUGUGGGAACAUUGUUGACCAAUUUGAAAUGCAUAAAUUGAAAUAAAUCAGUUUAUUGUUAACUUUAUUGUCUCUUAAGAUCAGUAACCCUUGUUUGAUGAGAGACAUGAGAACUGCAGGUUAUGUUCUGUUUGCUGUUUUUCAGUGUUUGUGCCUGCUGCUGAAUCUCAUUCAACAUCGACUUAAUGGGACAGAUUUGGAAUAUAUCGGGGGGGUUUUCCAUUUUGAAUGCCAGGUGUACUGAACACAUCUAUCCUCGUUGGCCUUUUGACUAUUUUGUCUAGGGAAAUGUUACUGUUGUUCAGUUAAAGUAUCCGCUAACCACAUAUGAUAUAGCAAUCUGUCAGUCAAUGACAUGCAACCAUUAGUUGAUGCAACACUACCUUUGAGUCAGACUGGCUGUGACUGAGAUCCCUCUCCCUCCCUCUCUCUCUCCCACUCCAUCCCUCUAAAGAACUGACUCCCUCUCACUUCCUGAAUUCAUCCUUCUGUUUUUUUAUUUCCAUUUGCUGUUUUGUUAUUUAGUGUUUUUAAGCGCUUUGAGAUUUCUUCUCAAUCAGUAAUGGUCUUCCUGUCUGUGAAGUGUGCUACGUCAUUCUAGUGUAAUUCUGUCAUGCAAGUUGAGUAAUUGCUGCAGUGUUUUUAUAACAUGGUCAUGUUUUACAGCCUUUCUCAUGUAAUAAGCCAGUUUUCAUUUUAUACGUUAAAUUACAUUUAAAUUGG